AUGGCGCCAUAUCAGAGUAAACCAUCGAAGGAUGGCAAUGCGCUAUUUGCCAAGCUGCCUCCAGAAGUUCGCUGCAAGAUAUGGUCUCUUCUCGUGGUCAAGCCUAAUGGUUCAGUGUUUCCGGUGCUCAUUCCAACGUAUGCAGCAACAGAGAGAUUCGUCUGUAUGGACUGGACAAAAAGUGUGCCCAACGUGACUCUCCAACUGGAUGCUAUUACGCAGACUUGCAAGCUGUUCUACGCCGAUCAGGAAGCUCAUCUACUCUUCUACAAGCUCAACAAAUUCCAAUUCCCCGGAAGCCGCGAGUGCCUCACAUAUGUCGCAUCAAUCACUCCUUCUCGACGACAAGCAAUCCGCAACAUCACCAUCUCAUCUAGCCCAGUCGCUUAUGAUACCCGGGACGUCAAGGCCAGGAAGCCGAGCGAGCGUCUCCUCGCCAUCGCCUCACUCUGCCCAGGUCUGCAAGUCUUCAAAAACGAUAACCUCUUCUUUCAAGCAGACUCAAUGACGCAAUGGGCUGUUAUGCUAGCUAGAUUUCUUGAAGCUUUUGUCUCUCAACUACCGCAGCUCAAGGAAGUCUCAUUCCGGGGUGGGAAAGGAGACCGCGCGCUGGUUUUUGGCUCCAUGGCCGAGAGCGCAGAAUUUUACUGGGAAACGUUGGAUCAGUUCGCGUAUAGCUGGAAGAGACAAAGCGUAUCCUUUAGCAUACCCGGCGAGGAGGCGCUGACCAGAGUAUGGAAGCUGUUGCGUGAUCGAAAGCCGGCGGUCGGUUUGCCACUGCCCAGGAGCCGCCUCAGAGCUGCCAUCGCAAGCACGCCCAUCCUGACGCUUGGUGAGAAUCGGCGCAAGCUGAAAGAGAGCGGAACAGAAGAUACGCAUGGCGAUAAUCCUGUACCAUCUGCGCCCGACCGCAUAUUUAGCGGUGGUUCUUGGAUCAGAGGAUUUCGAAUGCCUGGUGAUCAGCGCUUCCCUCGGCUGUAUAUUGGCAAUAAAUGGUACGGGUGGCAUCAAGUUUUCCAUUCGGACAAGAUAUCUGAGCCUCAAGCCGAACGCUUCUUGGAUAUGGCCCUGGAACUCUUCGCCUCGAAACACCCACCGUGGGUGCACGCCAAGCGUGCGAGCAAAGGGAGGCGUCAUGGAGAUUGGAGGGCCGAAAGCAAGAUGAUCAACGCCAUAUGGGAGAUGAAGCGUCUGAGCAGGAAGGCCAAGUUAGGGGCAUUGAAGAAGCUAUAUAAAAAGUCGCGUUGGAGGCGCGGCAGAAAUUAUUAUCACAUGUAG